CAGGAUCCCUGCUCAUAUGAUCAUACGGUUCUCCGAAACCUGGAGUGUGCGGGCGAGGCGAAUCAUUCGGCUUCCAUCCUUUCGACCGGUCCCACUCGGGUCAACUCCGCCUGCACUCGUCAUCGAUUCGCUGUUUUUCACAAAGCCCCCUGUUUGGCGCCUCGCGCCCCUUCACAAUCUUGGUCUUUCUCGAUAAGCCUUCUACCUUAUCAUGGACGCCCCCACGCGUUAGGUGCAAGGACCAACACCAUACAUGACAAUGCCUAAGACCUUGAGCGUGGGAGAUCUAUGUCGGCAAAUGACCCCCAUGGCCUGUCAGACGUGGCGUUAUCACAACGCCAAAGGCAGGGUAUGGUCCUUGCCGCCAACCUUCGUCCGACCCUUUGAAGGAUGGAUGCACUCCGAAAGGAUUACCCGACGGCAACUGGAGUAGAAAAUGCUACGACCACACAUCUGAAUUCAAUACGGAGCCCGAUAAGAUACAUGAUACUCGACCUCGUGUUCUCCGUUCAGAUGUACAAGUCCUCGGGAUCGCGAUACUUGGGGAAUCGGCCACUCUGCUCGAUAAUCUUGAUAUUCAACGGAAGCUGUGCCACCAACAUGACCGCCCAAAGCGCCUGUAAAGAGAUUAGUCGGGGUGGAGACGAACACUACACACUGGACUGGCUCACCUGAAAGAUCGUCUCUACGACCACAACGUCUCCCCCCUCAAUUGACAAGAGCCAUGCUUCCCAGCUCGCACCAAAGAAAUCAUUCGGGCAACGCUUCAAUGCCAUCGGGCUCAUUUCCUCAUAGGCGAGCGAGUCUCCGUACGCAAGGGAGUCUUGGCCAGGUCCAGGGACCCUCUGUACCAGCCGAGCACGGUUUUCGUUGCGAUCGGAGCUCUUUUGGCCAAAUCGCGCGUGGAACGCCUCUCUCAACUCGACUGGGACGGCAAGUUCGAAGAAGUCCCAUUCCACGCCCUGAAAACGCUGCGGUUCUUUAGCCAUCUGGGCGAAGACCGCAUGAAUCGCCUCCGCAGCGGAAAUGGCAUCCGUUUUGAGAAAUUUACGCGGGAUCUUGCCGAAACGGUCGAAUGAGCGCUCCUCCUCGGGACUGAGGAGGUACUUGAAGCUAUGUGAGCUCAGAUGGCCUAGCUGAAGUGACGUACUGUCAUACUCGUACACCCAUUCGGAGAUGACAGACCAGAGACUUGCCCAUUCAGCCCAGUAUCGAUCCCGCCCGCCCUUUUCGGUCGUAGAGAUCGGGCUUGCUAUGACAUCGAACUUUCCUUUCUUCCAUCCAUACAGAUCACCGCCUAUGUAAGUCAUUUCCUCAUAUUGCCCCGGUGGCCGACCGCCAUAGGUGAGGUCCAUGUAGGCCCCUGCUCCGCAGGCAACACUGAUGGCAGGGCCGAUUGCGCAUGGCUGCGGAUCGGGUCCCAUCAAGUGUCCGCGUGAGGUGCGACCGGCAGAUGCAAGCAGCGUGACUAGAUCAUUCGCCAGGCCGACGGAGCUAGGGUCUGUCAAAAAGUCGACCACGGUGGGCUGUUUCCAAGACUGCUCCUUUGGCGGGAUUAGAGUCCUCUGGCUGGCAUCGGUCGGUUCCUCUCCCCGAGGAAAUCGCUUGCUGAAGAAUGCAUGUAGCUGUGACCAAUCUGGGUGAUUGAAAAUAUCACGCAAGAUGGCAGCGAAAAGUAAGGUUGCCUGAGCCCGACCGGAAUUUUGAUCGAUGAAGGCAAAGUCAUGUAGAGCGAAGCGAUGUAAUUUCUGAGUGCAUGUCAACGACCGGCCUCGAUUCUUUGAAUUUCCUGCCGAAGAGUAGCAGCCUACAUACCUCACCUGGUUUCCAACGCUCGUCGGUUAUUAUAUUGUACGUUUGAGGGGUAGAAAGAUGCAGCGCCAACUGAAGCGAUACUUGCAUUGGGAUUGGCAUUUUGUGAAUGUGAGCUAGCUACACAAGGCUCUCGCCUGCGAUAAGAUUGGCGUAGAUUUCACAAAUGUGGCUACAGUCAUCAACAGUGGAGGAAAUUGCCUUUUUGUAAAUUGUGCACCUUUACAACUCGAGCACGCCGAUGAUCAAACCGCCGACCAGGACGAGGUGGCUGUGCACCACUUAGCUCAACGGGCUGCCUUACCCCCCCUUAAUGCCCCCACUGCCGAGGGCUGGUCAGUAUCCUCUUUGAGACUAGUUGGCCGGCAUCAGAGCGCCCCGAGAGAAGGAAUACGAGCGUGAAGACGUGGAGCAUGACUGGGCUGCGGCUCAAACGAGACAGCCAUUUUCUGAACGAGAACUCCUCGUCGAGCACCCGAUAAAAUCGUGUAUUUCACUGUCGCUCAGCAUGGACAUUCUUGGUGUUUCGGUCGGAGCCGUCUCACUUGUUACUUUGUUCAAGACAUGCUUGGAACUGUUUGAGAUGUUUGAGAACGGAAAGAACCUAGGAAAAGACUGCAAAAUUUUAUCGACCAAAGUCGGCAUUGAACGUGUUCGUCUUGCGCUGUGGGGAGAUUCCGUGGGCCUUACUGGACUGGUACCGGACCAGGAGGAAGGGUCCGGUCAAGAAGACGGGGUUGAUCCUCGCCUCGUUGAUCCGCGCAUGGUCAGGGCUGUUUUCGAUAUCUUGAAUUGCAUGCGACGGUUAUUCGAAGACAGUGGCUCCCUCACAAGGAGGUAUGGUUUACAGGAAUCAACGACGGCCGGGGUGAUCACCGUCAGUCCUGGCGAGAAUGCAGUGGCAACCACAUUCCAUAAAACUUAUGUCCGUCUGCAAGCAUCUGCUUCGCGGAUUCAACGAGGAUCGACUCUGGUCGCAGCGGCGAGAUGGGCUAUCAAGGACAAGAAGCGCUUUGAGCGCUUCGUUGAGGAUCUUCGCAGCUUCAAUGAUAGCUUGGCUUUGCUAUUUCCCGAUAUAGAUGCACAGGCACGCCAGGCGAUGGCAGAUGAGAUAAAGGAGUCUACCGACCUGAACGGUCUUCAGAUCGUUGAACAAGCCGUCGCUGACUUGGACGGAGGGGAAUCGCUCGUGGAAGCGGCGAGUGUCCGUAUCACGCAGUUGUCCCAGUAUACUCAGAGUAUCUCAGAGGAUCACACCACACAAACCGAUGAUAGUACUGUUGAUAUUGAUGUCAACCGUCUUAGCCGACAAUUGGGUAAGCUCGAGGCUUCAAUGAGCAAGAGAGUUGAGCUGCGAGGGGGACUGCAGAUUAGUCUCGCCGCAAUCGUGGGGGAGGAUUGUUUCGCCGACUUCUCGUUUUAUGGCAUGGAUAGUAAAGAUUGGAUGGUCGAGAGACACAAGGAGGCUCAAUAUGUGAAGCAUACCACUUUGGCAUGGUCAUUAAUGUACAUGUCGGACAGAGCAAGACAUGACCAGGCUGAUUUCAGCCAACUAGAUACAGAGUGCCGCCGAAGCUAUGAAGGAAAACUUCCUGGAACGCGAAGCAUUGAUGGGUAUAUGGCCGAUUUCAACACAUGGAUACGCAACAAUAAUCCCAAAACCGAGCAGUUCUUCAAUACAACAGGGGCCCUACCGAAUGUCUCAUUUGAGAGACUAGUCGAGCGUGCCCGCCGCGCACAGCUUCAAGACGACCGAUUCUGGAGUCCCGGCGAGCGCAAUACAGACAACGACCUCGAAGAGCUUAUCGGCCCCAGCGCAAUGGGAAACAGUAUGCAGGAUGAAGUCACACAACUACUGUACACUCUUAAUCGCCGCAGAGACUUUCCAGAUGUACUUGACGGAGCCUCACUAGCUACCAUCGCUCUCAGCACAUCCGAUAGUCUGUAUAGCUUCCUUCUGCAGGUGGUAUUGGCUCGUGAGCUACGCAUGCGCAUGCAUCAACUAUCCGAUGUUGGUUUUGGGAAUGUCAGUCACCGCAUUAUUGCCGCUAUUCACGCCUCGGAGCGAUGGCUUGACGGCGUCCAUGUCAAACUACCCGAUUCAAAAGAGGAACUAGGUUAUGUCGACCUGCAUAGCCUUGUUCACGAGAGACAGGUUGAGGGACUUGUUCGCUUUGCCGAAGCCAUGGCGUGGCCGGCUCUUGGGGAGAUGCGGAGCUUCGCUGAGGAGGCGUAUGCCGGUAUCCAGGCGGGUGUGCCUAAUACUAGCACUCAUCUCUGGGACUGGCUAUAUGGUCUCAUGCUGCCCGGGAAUUCCUUCAUUUUUGCGAUCAUGGCCGCAUUGAUUGCCGCCACCCCGAGUUUACAGCGACUGGGGGCUGCAGCGUAUUAUGAUUCGGGGCUAGUGCUCAAAGACCGAUCAUACUGGCGGACAAAAACCGUGUUGGGGCGCGUCCUGGGCGGGAUGAAGGGGGUCAGAGCGGCCAAUGGAUGGGUUGGGCCAUUCCCGGCUCCGGUGGAUGUCCGGGAUGACCUGCUCAAGGAGGGUUGGUGGCGUGUCCACGCGAGAGACGUGGCUUUCACCCGCUUCAUGGCCCGGGAUCUACCAGCGAUCGGGGGUCGAUUCGCUCCAUUUCUUGGCCGCGAGGAAGGUUCAAGUGCGGCAGAAUGGAUUCGCGGCAUGGGCGACCGUUCAGAAUGGGCAGUGCCGAUCGGGCCAUCUGAAUCGUCAGAUCAUGUCGAGUUCCGUGCUCUACGUCUCCAGAGCAUAGGCUUGCACAGCAACUCACAGCCAUUGCAAGGCACACAUGAGAAGGGUGAUCUGAACGACGAGUUGGAGCCUGAGCAAAGAGCCACUCUCGAGAUGCUUAUCAACGAUCGCCCAGCAAGCUUCACCCUCUACAGCAAUCCCGUAUUCAUCGCGGCGCCGGCAUGUAUAGAUGGACCCCAUGCUGUUCGUCUGAAAGAUCUCCCCAAGAUACAACACGUAUUGAAGACGAGUCAACUUCCCGAUCACGCUCACACAGACAAGAGGGUGCUCAUCAUUGACGCUACUGGGAGCGGCGAAUGCGAACUAGUCGCACGCGCAUGGUGCUCUCAAAAUGGACAACAUGCUAUCGUUGUUAGAGGACAGGGGACUUGCUUUGCGUGUGCAGUGAAGGCUGCGAGUCAGGGUGGUCUUGUUAUCGGCUGUGUUAUUUGGUCAAGAUCGUGAUUUUGAGACAUGGCAUGUUUAUCAAGUACCGGCAAGGUUACAAUUUUAUGGUAUUCCAUAUUCUUGAAGUCUUUGAACGAUCUCAAAUAAUCCUUUUAUCAUAUCAGUUGAACAAAUGAGCAAUUCUUGAGAUGGUAACAUUGGGAAAGAGGAGAU